AUAUACAAAGCUUGCGCUGAGCGCGAGCCUCAGCUAUGGCAACGUGCUUCUAAAGAGUUGGAUUCCAACUCAAGGGUGAACUACAUUUAAGGAGAGCGUUGAGGCCCGCGAUAUCUUUGUUACAAUUUCCAAUACAACACAACAACAUAAGGUGUCCUGUCUGAGAUUUAGAGAGAGAAAUAGAGUGACUGAGAGUGAGAGAGCAAGGUCUGUGUGACUGUUGGAGAAAAAAACGAUAAGAAGAAGGAAAAAAGGAAAGGAAAUGGGAAGAUCCACAUCCUCUUCUUGUUUGAAAAUUAUCGCCUGCGGUAGCGACUCAGCUGAUAGAGAUGAUCCUGAUUCCUCUGAGAGCAAAGGUGCAAAUGACAAACGCCGGUGGAGUUUUCGAAAGAGAUCUGCUCGGCAUCGAGUGUUAAGCAACACUGUAAUAUCAGAAGCCCCAUUAUCUGCCAAAAAGGAGAGCCCAGAAUCUGCUGAUGUCAACUACCAACAACCCAAUAACUCCAGUGUUACAGAGAAAAUCUCUAUGAUACAAUGCAUUGAAGAGAAACCUCAGCUGUCAACUCCGGCGGAAUUGAAAGUAUCUGAGACUAUUGUUGUCACAGAUACAGAGAGCAAACAUGAUUCCAUCCCUGAUGAAUCUGUCGUUAUUGUCAUCCAGGCUGCUGUCCGAGGGUUCUUGGCUAAAAGAGAAUUCCUAAAGGUUAAGAAUGUGGUUAAGUUGCAAGCUGCUGUACGUGGGCACUUAGUUCGCAGGCAUGCUGUGGGAACCCUGCGUUGUGUUCAAGCCAUUAUUAAGAUGCAAGCUCUUGUUCGUGCUCGUCGUACCCGUCUUUCUCUAAAUAGUUCAAGUACAGAGAAGAAGGAGAAGGAAGAGUCAGUAUCUAAACCAAAUGAGACUUACAUUUCCAUUGAGAAACUACUUAGAAAUAGUUUUGCUCGGCAGCUAAUGGAAUCAACACCAAAGACCAAGACCAUCAACAUUAAAUGUGAUCCCGCAAAAUCCGAUUCUGCUUGGAACUGGUUGGAGAUAUGGAUGUCUGCUUCAGCUAGGAAACAGUCACCAACAACAGAGUCAACAGUUGCGCAACAUGAAAAAGAAAAUACUGAGAAAUUUGCCUUGCCUAUAGAAACUAUUCAUUCUGAAAUUUCACGUGAUUCAGUGGAUGUGGACUCAAAGUCAAGUGCUAGGGAAGCUGUUAUGCCAUCUGAAAGUGAAGAAAAUCUGAUGGCUCCGGAUGCAGACAAGUUUGCUUUUCAGCCAUGCCAGCCAGGUUCUUCUAUGUUGAGAGAUGAUUUGGAGCUCUACCAGCCUGAGAAAACAAGCGAAUUUGCUGUGACUGAGAUCCCAAUAGAGAUGAGUUCUCAUCAUAAUCAAGUAAAUCAAUCAGAGGAAGCUUCUCAAAAGGAACUAAACUCUCUUUCUAGUAAGCCUGAAAUUGAAAGUGAACAACCCAAACGUUCAAUGAAAAGGUUUGCCACUGACAAUCUUGAGACAGAGGGGAAGAAAUUUGUGUUUGGAUCGAGAAAGUCAAGUAAUCCGUCAUUCAUUGCUACACAAUCAAAAUUUGAGGGGCUUAGUUUAUCAGCGAAUUCAGGAAGAUCAGUCAGUUCGGUGCACCAGGACAUUUCAGCUGAUUCAAAUGUGGACAUAAUUUCGUCUGGAGCAGAUACUUUAACCAGGACAAAGGAUCUUGACGUAACAGAAAAUUCAGUUUCAAGGUUUCAUGGUGGCUCUGAAUGUGGCACUGAACUUUCUGUUACUUCCACUCUUGAUUCUCCUGAUAUAUCUGAAGUUGAAACCAGAGAACAUGAGAAUGAAGCUAAAGUUAUGGAGAAGGAAAUUUCUGGUCCAACCAACUCAGAUAAUUUGUAUGUCAAAGGUGCAACUACCAUCCCAGUGUCUGAUGAGUCCCACUCAAUUGUGGAGCAGCCUGAGAAGAUUGAUGAGGUCCAAGUUGAAUCUGUUACUUCAGCUGCAGUUGUGGACUCUUCACCUGUUGAGCACAAGCCAGAAGGUAAUUCAACUGAUGUUGACAAUGUACCAGACUCUGAACCAGGGCUUCAACCACACAGGCCAUCCCCAGAAGCCUCUCCCAGAAGCCAUAUGACUGUUCCAGAGCCCCAAGGAACACCUUCAAGCCAGGUAUCAGUGAAAACUAAAAACAACAGAACAGAAAAAAGUGGUUCCAACAGAAAGCGUAAGCCCCUGUCUGCAAGUAAGGGAUCUCCAUCAAAUCCAAAUCAUGAUUCAGGUGUUAGAAGUAGUACAGAACAAUUGCCAAAAGGUGAUAAAAACGGGAAGAGACGCAAUUCCUUUGGUUCUACAAAAACUGAUAACAUUGAACAAGAACCAGGAGAUAGUAGCAGUAGCAGUUCUCUCCCCCAUUUCAUGCAAGCCACAGAAUCUGCAAAAGCCAAGCUUCAAGCAAUUAAGUCACCCGGAUCAAGUCCAGAUGUCCAAGAAAGAGAUACCUACAUCAAGAAGCGGCAUUCCUUGCCUGGUGCAAAUGGAAGACAAGGUUCUCCACAUAUCCAGCGGUCAUCUUCCCAGGCGCAGCAGGGUACUAAGGGAAAUGGUACCCAUCCUCUUCAUGAAAGAAAAUGGCAAAGGUGAUGAGAUGGACAAAGUGACGAGAAGCAUAAUGGAAGUGCUGUUAAUAACCAGUUCGGAUUAGAAACUUCGAUUGGAUUGGAUUGGAUUGUUGGUCUACUUGACUGGUCGCACUAUAUAGAUAUCUACACUUGAGUUCUUUUGCAUUUGAAAGCGCAUUAGCUGAUCUAUGCAUGUGGGAUUAUGGCAGGAAAGGACACAGUAAAGGUAAAGAAGUCAGGAUCCCAUGUAUAUUAUUAUAAGUACCAAUCAUAUAUAUAUAUUUUCAUACUUUCGGGCCAGAGGAAUGGUUGUGUGCUGUUCAACUGGUGAUUAUAUACGCUUGUUACAGAUGUUUUGGGAUGUGUAUCUGAGAGUUUGAUACAUUGACUAUCUAGUGGAAAGCUUCUGCUGUUGUUUUCCCACUUGUUUUAAUAAUAAAUUGAUGAGUUUUCAUCCUCCCA